GCGGUUUGAGAAAGAUCAAUCAGGAUGUAUGUGGGGUUUGAUUAGUAUGUUUGACUUCCGCCAUGGUCGAUCUACGCGGAAGUUGAUUGCUGAUAGGAGGCAUGGAAGCAAGCAUACUCUUGGUACUGGAAUUUCAAAGAAUAAGUUUGAAGUAUUGAGUAAUUUGGAAGAAAACUGUCAAGGCACCAUUGACGGCAACGAGAUCAAAAGAGAAAUUGUGACGGCUGAUGCUGGUAAGCCUAGUGUCAAAAAACUCAUGGAAGAAGAGAUGGUCAACGAGCAGGGCUUGAAGAAAGACAUGAGGGAUGCUGUAGUAGAACCUAGACAAUCAGAAUCUGCACAUGAAGGCCAGAUAAAGACGGACCAUAAGAAGACAAAGAAGAAUCGCAAGAAAAGCCGUGAUUUGGAUGCCCAUAAUCUGAAUGUUGACGAAAAUUUAAAAUCCGAGUGCUCUUGUAAACAGAAUGCAGACCAACAAUCUGUAAAAGAUCUGGGUAUAGAUGAGAUAAUGGAAGAGUUCUCUCGCCGAAUCCAUCAGAAGAGUAUUAGUUGCAUGGAUGGUUUGAAUGGCGAAGCUAUUGAAUUAUCGAGCCUCAAGAAUUCUGAUUCUGAAGAGAAACUAAAACGGGUAAUUAAGGAGUUCAUAGUUCAGAAGUUUACUAAUGGGAAACAUCUCAAAGAAGAUCAGAAGAUUCAACACUAUAAAGAACUCAUGAAUGAACUAGAGCUCAUAAGUUCAGAUGAGGAAUUGUUUCUGAAAGUCGUACAAGAUCCACAAUCAUUAUUGGUUAAACAUGUUCAGAACUUGCAGGAUUCUAAAGCCGAAAAGGACGAAGAAUCCAAGCUGGUUGGAGGAUCUGACUUCUCAGAACAGAAGCUUGUCACUGUAAGAAAAUCCCAAGAUGCUGUCAACCAUAAGCAGCGUUCCUUUUUCAGGAGAAAGGCCAAGUCAGAAGAAAGAAACCAAUUGAAGGAAAAUGAGCAUGCUGACAAUUUGAAUAGAAUUGUUAUUUUGAAGCCGGGGCCAAUGGGUGUACAGAAUUCCAAAAUUGAAACUAGCCUUGGCCCGUCCAAAGAGUCUCAUGAUAUUGUCACAAAUAAAGAGGCAAGUGAUAAAGUUGGAUCCCAUUUUUUCCUUUCUGAACUAAAAAGAAAAUUGAAGCAUGCUAUGGGAAAGCAACAUAACGAAAUAUCUCGAGUUAGAGUUUCAAAUAGACCUACCCACAAGGGCCAAACUCAGGGAGAUGGUGAAAAGGGAGUUGGGAAAGGUAGUAUUGGAAGGAAUUCUCCAACUAAAGAUCACUUCUUUUUCGAAAGAAUUGCUAAACCUUCAAGUGGUUCCAAGAAAGCGGACAAGAUAAACAAAAUGAGAGACUCUGAAAUAAGUAAACAUGAAACUGAUGAUCUCUCCAAUGAAAGGAUAUCCAAUAUCUACAUUGAGGCCAAGAAACAUCUCUCCGAACUACUAAGCAAUGGGGACGGCAUGGGCUUAUCGAACCGACAGAAUCCUAAGACCUUAGGGCGGAUUCUCUCUCUUCCUGACUACAGCAUUUCUCCUAUUGGCAGUCCUGGAAGGGACUGGGAGAAGAGCUUUGUGACUGCACAGACGAGAUUUACUUCGCAAGACAAAUUUCAAAAUGUAAAUGAGAAGAGGUCCUCUCCCAGAGGGGAAAACAAAGGGAGUCCUCUCGGUAGGGUAGUAAAAACCGUAGAGAGUCAGUCACCUAUUACUGACAUCAGUCCUGAUCAUAAAGUACAAGAUCCUAACUCAAACACCGACAUCUCUGAAGACAAUGCUUGUGACGUUGAAGUUGAAGAUGCAGUUUGUUCGACUAAAGACGGGAUGAGUCGUGAAGGUGAUUUAAAGCUCGGGAUAGAAGACAGCAUUAACUUGGAUAGUCCCCAUGAAAAUUCUGCAAGUUAUUCGGAGCCUGUGAAGGAUGAGAGCAUGAUCUUGGAUCUUCCUUGCGAAGCAAGUGUCUCUUCCACUGCAAGGGAUAACCAAACUGAUGGUGACGUUCCUGUCCUUUGCGAGGAUGAAAGAAAUUUUGUGUGCUUGAAACAGGACUCACAUGAAAAAAACCAACUACAAUCGUCUCCACCAGGAUCCCCUUCCAGCUCUUUGACCACCAGUAAAGUUGCUGAUCUAGAAAUUUCUAUUGAUAUUCCUGAGAGGCCGAGUCCUGUCUCAGUUCUUGAGCCUGUAUUUGGGGAGGAUGAUAUUAGCCCUUCAAAGACCAAAUCUCAACCUGAUGAAGCACGCAGUGGAAAAAGGUCGAUGGACAAUAAGGAUUCAAUAUUUGGCUAUGUAAAAGCUGUGAUGCAAGCUUCUGGCUUGAACUGGUAUGAAGUCUGCAUAAAGUUGCUUUCGUCAGACCAACUACUUGACCCAUCAUUGGUUGAUGAGGUCGAAUUCUUCUCCAACCCACUUUGUUGUGACCAGAAGCUUCUCUUUGACUGCAUAAACGAAGUCCUUGUGGAGGUUUGUCAAUACCAUUUUGGUUGCUCCCCUUGGGUAUCAUUUGCAAAACCCGGUAUACACCUAAUCCCGGAUAUGAAAAGUGUAAUUCUUGAGGUCUCUAAGGGCGUUUACUGGCAUCUUCUCCAACUGCCUUUGCCUCACACUCUGGACCAGAUUGUCAGAAAAGACAUGGAAAGAUCUGGAACAUGGUUGGACGUUCGGUUUGACGCUGAAGCCAUCGGUUUUGACAUGGGUGAAACCAUUCUUGAAGACUUAAUGGAAGACACCAUAUUAAGCUACGUAAAUGAAAGUUCCGAAAGUGAGCAUGGUGUGCUCUCAGAGUCUAACAAAAGCGAGGGAAGUGUCAAUUCGUAGAAGAUGACCGAUUCUUUUUGUUCAUACUGAAACUGACCAACCUUGUGUUUAAGGUGGUGAUAGUACAACAAAUCAAAUUUGUGCAUCUUGAGGAUGGACAACACCACAUUUGAUCUGUUGACAAAGCAAUUCUAACUUUGUCACGUGUACAGAAAAUCCAGUUUGCAAGUGACCUUUUCAGGAGCAUAAAAUAAUAUUUGUUUCUCAUGAUGAGAAUCCUUUCAGUAUCACUGUGCAUUUCAAUCAGUACUGAGGCAGUAAUCUAUGUAUAGAUCUUGUAGAGUUUCGAGUGUUCAUUGUGUUAGUUGAGGGUGUGAUUUUUCAUCACGUUUGAUUGAUUCUUUCUUCUUUGUGUUUUCUGUUAUUCCCAUUGUUUUGCUGUUGUAUCAGCAGAGCUUGGGAUAUUCUGGACUGUGAGUUGUGGAUUGUUAAAUAGAGAAAUGUAAUAAAAGAAAAUAAGGAAUUUUAUGCCA